AUGGAAACCCAGGACAGCCUCGAUAUCUCCCAGUUGCAACGCGUCGCGCUAGGCCUAGAGCAGGACCCAUCCCAGCCACGCCUCGCAGCCCUUGCACUACCCGAGAAUAGUCCCCAGACCACUCCUCGUCGUUCACUCCCGGACGCCCGCCACUGUUCUGAUGGUGACGCACUAUCCACCACUCCAGGGCGACCCUCCAACUUCUUACCCGACCACCUCCACCCCUCGCUCUCUGGACUGCACCAGCAUGAAGCAAGCCUAAUGGUUCCUCCCAACGUCGGCGCCCAGCACGAAGCAGGCACCGAAUCACAAGUCAAAAUGAGCUAUGGCGAGACUGCCCCUGGAGACACUCAGGUGGUCUCGCAGUCUGUCUUCGACAGCAUCAUCCAGAACAAUACCUCCUCCAUACAUCCACACUUUUCGCAGACGGGUGCGGGGGGUGAAACGAUGAUGACCUUGCACCAGGAAGAAAGUGGCCAUAUCGACCUCCUGUCUCAAUUUGAGUCGGCACCAAAUGCGACCCAUCUUUCACGGGAUCAUGACGACCACAGCAGUUCUGCCCCGAGUCAGUCUUCUCCGCUGGCCUACCAGCCCGAUCUCUUUCCGGAAUCACAGCGCUUCUUGACAACGCCCGGGACAACGACGAAGAUCCCCACAAAGGGUGCGCCAACGGAAACACCAAGCAUGCCACGCAAUAAUCCGCUAGCAGGUGAUAUCGAGUCAAGCGGCGGUCUCCUGGGUCUGAGCCAACUAUUCAAAGCCACCCCAGCCCCGUCAUCCCCACUAGUCCAUGGUCAACAGCCGGAGCUCGCGUCGGAUCGUCCGUCGCCCAACAUCCCAAUUCAUCAGCCUCGCCUCGCCCCGGGCAUCUCAUCGCCCUUGAGAGGCUUGCCGGUUGAUUUCAUGAUAGACUCUUCAGAGCCGAACCUUAACUAUAUCUCCAUGAAAGAGUCUCAGACGAACCGAGAGAGGGUCCACAGCGAGCGAAUGACCCGAUCAGCCGAUGAUAUGCCCUCGGAAGACCACAGCGACCCCGAGUUCUUCAAAGAGUCCAGCUUUGUAGAACGUGCACGCCGUCAACGAAGAAUCGAGGAAGAGGCUGCUGCACAAUUUGCCGGUCUGACUGCGCCUUCCAGGACCUCGCCGACUAUGCCCCCUCCGCAUUCUGAUCUGACUCAUUCUGGUUCGCCCGAACACUCUGUGCAGGAGCCGCAGGAUGUCGACAUGAUGCUGCACACUGGCGCCAGUGAAGAGGAAACAGAGCACGAAGAUGUGGACCAGCAAGUACCCCGGUCACAGGAGUUCCCUUAUUCUUCAACCGAGGAGGACAAGGAAAACUACAACGGUCCUCCCGUCGCUGUCGCUGCAGCUUCUAGUGCGCAUGACCGGCUUUCCCAGAUCCUGCAUGGGACACAAGAUCCGUUCGACGCUCAUGAAGAUGGACAAUUUGAAAUGGCCAACCCGCCGUCACAAAUCAUGGUCAUGGAUUCCCAGCCAUCACCGCUGGCCUCCCCAGACCGGAUAGGCCACGAGGGUGACGAGGAAAGGCCCGAUGCGAAUCCACGACCUGGCCAUGAAGUACGAAUCGGUCCUUCUUCAGAUGUUCACAAGGUCUCGCCUGUCCGACAUUCUGUACAGUCUUCGCCUCCUUACUCACAACGUGAAGGAGGACCACCUUGCGGACACACUCCCUCACGACCACAUGGCGCAGCUGCAUCAACAGGGCACUCGCCCAACAUGCCGGUGUCGGCUCCCCAAGAUCCUUCUUCUUACGAAAGCAGACAGUUGUACUCCAGCAACCCGAAGAACAACGGGAGCAAACAGUCUUCUAUGCCAUCCCGAGUGAUCGAAACGCCUGUUCAUCUCCACCUGAAAUCUUCAGCCGAUAUGGCCCGAUUGACAAGCAUUCCCGAAACCAGUCCCAGCCACUCCCAAAAUCAUGCAUGGGAAGAAGGCUCUAACGGCGAUGGGGUGAACAUUGAGGAUGAUGAUCUUCCUCCUAUGUUCCCUGUCAGCGAGCACAUUCGUCGCAUCCAGCCUCGACCAUCUGGAACCAGAACUCAGUCUUCGCCUUUGAAGAAAACUCCUCUGAAAAGCAUCAUUCUGUCCAGUCCCAGUGGAAGGCAACGGAGAAGACUGACCGAAAUUGCGAGUGAUGCUUCGCCCCAAGUUGGGCCUGGAUUUUUCGACAUGGGCAUUGGAAUCUUCACGAAUGAGGAUCAAGAAUUUCGCGAUUUAAUUGAAAGCUCCCCAACUCAGCCUAGGAAAAAGCGUCGUGGCAACGACGGCCAGGCCUAUCAUGAAUCCGAGCCUGUUAUACCCGUCACACCUCGCGUUGUACCCCCGAAAACUGUCACCCCCCUUCGGCAACAAUCUACACCACAAGAGCCCGAAACUGAGGAAACAAUCCACGUACCCGAGACUACUUCGAGUCUCCACAACAAUUCAUUCGCCGACGGUCUCGAGGCAAACCCCCCGCCAGCACCUCGUCCGUUACAAGAAAAGCAAGCCCCAACGCAGAAGCCUGCAGCGUCAACGCCUGUGCGGCCAGUUCUUCCUCCUGACCCUAAGUUCUCUGUGUUAUCUGAACUUACCGAACUGGACUCGGACGAGAUGGCCGAAAUGGAACGCUCUGUCAUGAGUCGAGGUCCUCGCACACCAAGGGGAAGGAGACUUUUCUCCGAUGCCACUCCAGUUGCUCCUAGGCAAAUUCUAGCGCCGUGGAGUGGCCUACAACGGGCCUACUACCCUGCGGUCUGUUUGGGCACACCUCUGGGUGUCUCACAAGACAAAUACCUGGUCAAGUUUGAGGAUAGCGACCUUGUUGAGGUUCCCAAGGGCGCUGUGAAACGAUUUGAUCUUCGGGAGGGAGAUGCGGUCAAGGUCGACCUGCCUAACAUUCCAAAGGUCACUCACAUAAUCCGUGGGUUCGAUCACAAGCUCACCAAAGAGGAAAUCCUCGAAGCGCCGGGCGACUUCCCGCCUUUGACAGAUAUACACGGACAUUCCACGGUUAUACUUGGGCCCAAGCAGCGCAAGAGUCUUCCCGGUGGAGGUCUGAACAGCACUGAAAACGUGAUCAAGGUGCCCAUUUCACGGAUCUAUUUUGAUAUGAUUCUAUGGAACAACCUCAAAGAUCGAGCAUUCACGUAUCAGCCAGAGAUCGUCCCGCAACAAAGCAAGCCCACUACGCCCCCGGAGAAGAGAACAUCGGUCGGUCCGUCCCCGAGUAGCCGACUUUCACGCGGCUCUCAUUAUGCCAGCGGUAUUUUUGCCGGGAUGGCAUUCGCCGUAUCCUACAAGGAGGACGAGAGUACCAAGAACCACGUCACCAAAUUGAUCAUGGACAAUGGCGGGAUCCUUCUGCAUGAGGGAUUCACGGAAUUGUUCGAAACUUCGUCCAUCACCGCUCCUGCUACUCCGACCAAAGCGUCGGCGAGAGAUGCAGAGACCCGAAGUGGAGGACUACGCCUUACUGCCAGUGCCCAGGAAGUAGGAUUCGCCUGUUUGAUUGCCGAUACACACUCCCGCCGCGAAAAGUACAUGCAGGCACUGGCCUUGAACCUUCCCUGUCUUUCAGGGCGCUGGGUCGAAGAUUGCGUUGCUAAAGGGCGUGUCCUCGAUUGGGAUGUCUACCUCCUCCCUGCUGGAGAAUCGAUGUACCUGAACGGAGUAACCAAAUCACGAGUCCUGACCCCGACACCACCAGACACUGCCUGUCUAUCCGAGACAAUAGCAUCACGACCCCGACUCCUCGAUGGACACUCCGUCAUCCUGGUCAUGGGCCGCGGCAAGGCCGAAGAAAAGAGAAGAGCCUACAUCUUUCUCACAUUUGCCCUGGGUGCCUCCCGCAUUGAACGCGUCCCGGAUCUGGACACCGCCAGAGCUAUGCUUGAAUCUCAGUCCGAGGCAGGCAUGCCUUCCACCUGGGACUGGAUCUAUGUCGAUGACGCCGACCAGGCCGCUGCAAAGACUAUGCUCGCCGCGCCCAAGUCCAGGACGAGGAAUUUGCGAAUCGUCCAUGGCAGUGGCGGGAGGAAACGGAGGAAGUCGGAAGUGCUCGCUGUCGCUGCUGACGGUGAUGCUUUAUGCAAUGCUAAAGUUGUUGGCAAUGAUACUCGGGACUCCAAGGCAAAAACAGAAGCGCCCACACCCUUAUUUGGCCUUCUUGCCCGCCUUUUUCUUGCCCUUCAAGCUCUUCAUCUGGGCCGCCCGCUCCGCACGAGCCUUUCUCUUCCUCCACGCCAGCCACCGGUUGUUGCGGUUAUACGGCACGGCCUCAAUCCCCGCCUUCUCCGCCGCGCGACCAAUUUGCCAAUUCGCCUCCCGGUACAUGUAACCGGGACGCAACUGCGGACCCUCGGCCGCAUUCACAGCCUGCACGCUCGUGAUGCGCGUCCCAACCGUCUCAUCGACGGUAGCCACCAGAUCCGACUGGCCGGCGACACCGUCCAGUCGAGCUGGCACAGCAACCAUAUUCAGCCUGCGGCGGGUAGGCUGGUGGCGUGGGUGAGGCAGCUUCUCGUCCUUCUCAAACACAACCCCAAUAUACUUGCGAUCCGGAUGCAGUUGCGGAUCGCGGUAAUACCGCACAUAACCCGCGUGCUUGGCGAAGAUGGUAUGGUCUCGGCCGACGCCGCAGUUCUCGCCGGGGAACCAUUUCGUGCCGCGUUGUCGGAAGAUGAUGCAUCCCGGCACGACGUACUCGCCGCCCGUGCGCUUGGCGCCGAGGCGCUUGCCUGCUGGAUCGCGCGAGUGUUUGUUGGAGGCUCCCUGCGCUGCAUGCGAGGCAUGUCGCACUUGGGAGAGAGGAGAAAGUGUUGCGGUCCGGGGGAAGGGAGAUGGCGGCUUGGGGAGGAUGGAUGGGCUGGACAGCGUGCGGAGGAGUGGUUGGCGGGCUAG